UCGUUAUUAAAUUUCCAUGAAACUUCCUAACAGCACCUGCAGCGCGUGCCGCACCGUGCACUUAAUUUUUAUUCGUAAACCACGAUAAAUUUCACACUAUUAAUCUUUGAAUAAAAUCAAUUUGUUACAUCAAUUUUUUGUGCACCGUACAGUUAAUAGAUAGCGGGUGCCCAGGCGCGGCUUAUACAAAACAUCGCCGAGUAUCAUUUGACAAUUUGCGAGCAAUCAAUGCAUUGUCACCGCUCUUUAUUCAACUCCAAAUAAUACAUGGAAAAUUGUCCAUUCCAAUUGUGAUCGGACCAUUGUUGGUCUAAUGACACGAUUCAGGCUUAGUCCGCUUUGAAACCGACCAUCAGUGCAUGUUCGCCCGCGUUAGAGAUGGGUAUUAUAAUGUCCUCAAUACUGUUUAGUAUUUAGAGACUGUUGUUUGCUUGGAUAUCGUCAAGCUGUGUUUAAUGAACAUAAUUAUACAGUGACAGAAGUGAACUGAUCAUGUUUUUGAUAAAUCACGGUAAUAAGCAAUGAAAAAACAAUUAACCUCUGAAGGAAAGGUUAUUACAAUUAUAACUUCUAAAAACAACAAAUGAGGUAACAUCCAUGGCAUAUCAACUGGAUCAGCAGUCGACGAGGCAGCCACCGAAGAUAUCCAGACAUUCCAACCCAUACCACAUCAAGAGACCCAUGAAUGCUUUCAUGGUCUGGUCGCGGCUGCAGAGGAAGAAGAUAUCUAUGAUGAACCCAAAGUUACACAAUUCAGAAAUAUCAAAGCGUUUGGGACUCGAAUGGAAAAGUUUGGACGAGACAGAAAAGAGGCCAUUUAUCGACGAAGCGAAGAGAUUAAGGAUAAAACACAUGCAGGAUUACCCUGACUACAAGUACCGUCCAAGGAGGAAGAAUAGAUUAGAUUCAGCAUCAUUCGCAAAUCCAGCACUUUACACGACCAGAGAGACUUUCGUAGAAGUGGAACCGCGUCAAGACGCCAAUUACCAAGCUCUAUCUUACCCCGACCAGUACGUGUACAACAAUAUGAUCAGCUACUCAGUCCCUUCGAUGUCACAGCCCACCUUUGUUCCAACGUCGAUUAGGCCUAAAGAGGAAACGUUGCCGAGUCUGGAUCUAAGGCCUCUUCCGUCUAUUGAGAGCAUAUCUCCGAGACCAUUUGCCGUCGUCAACCAGCAGAUGAUGGUGAAGGCCUACCAGGACCUGCACUACGUGCCCGGUGACGUCACAAGGAUCUCAUACCAUUACCCGUUCGGAGUGCAAUAGAUUUGUUUUAUAGUUCAAGUUUUAUGAGGCCAUAAUUUUAUGUUUUAAGAGUAGAUAGAAAUAAAGCUAACUUGUUGUUUCAUAUUUAUUAAAGGUUUGUUUUAUUUGUGUGGAACUUGAUGUCUGCAGCAGGAUAACAUACAUAAUUGAAAAGAAUCAUACUCGUAGAUUUAUGAUAUACAAAAUGUAAGUAUUUCAUCCCAGAUAGGAAAGCUAACUAUACUCAAGGAAAUACACUUAUUUUUUGCUUACUGAAUAUGACCAGCGUUAAUUAUAAUCAUUCUAAAAAUAAAUUUGCCAAAUAUUAGAUCACAAUCAGUAACCAUGUCAUUGAUAACAUAACCACUUAGGGAACCCUUUCCAUAGACUCAUCCCAGCUGCUGUACCCUGUUUUCCCCAGAUCACCACCUCCCAUUUUCCCAUGGUUGUGUCACUCGCAAGGAAGCUGUGCGAUAAUGUGCCUUGUGACACCCCUGAUUGAUGGACUCGGCAAAAUCCAGAUUGAUUCCCGUAUUUGUCCCGAGAGUAUUUUUGGAGACAAUUUUUGUCAAUCAUUGUGUUUUUGAGGAUCUGUUUAUGUGGAUUCGUGUCCGUUGAGUUAUUUUUAUAUUUAUCAUUGCUGGGUAGACCUUGAAUGAAGGAAAUUUUAUAGGUUCAGGAUAUUCAA